AUGGGAUUUCCUGAUGGCCAUGAGACUGGAACGUUCCUCGCCCUCGACAUGGGCGGAACCAAUUUGCGUGUCUGCGAGAUCAUCUUACUUGAAGAAAAGGGUGAGUUCGACAUAAUCCAGUCAAAAUAUCGGAUGCCGGAAGAAUUGAAAACGGGAGAAUCCGAAGAGCUGUGGGAAUACAUUGCGGAUUGUAUCCAACAGUUCAUUGAGUAUCACCAUGAAGUUGAAGAUCUGGAAAAGCUGGACAAAAUCCCUCUUGGUUUCACCUUCUCAUUUCCAGCCACCCAGAAUUACAUAGACAAUGGCAUCCUCCAGCGCUGGACAAAAGGGUUUGAUAUCUCUGGCGUCGAGGGAAAGGAUGUCGCCCCCCUCUUUGAAGCCGCCCUUGCCAAACGAAAACUCCCCAUCAGACUCAGCGCCUUAAUCAAUGACACCACUGGUACCCUGAUUGCCUCAGCGUAUACCGACGACACCAUGAGAAUUGGCUGCAUCUUCGGCACCGGAUGCAAUGCUGCCUAUAUGGAAAAUUGCGGCUCCGUACCCAAAAUAGCCAGCUACAACCUGCCCCCGGAUAUGCCUAUCGCGAUCAAUUGCGAAUAUGGUGCAUUCGACAACGAGCACAUAGUCCUCCCUCGCACACCUUACGACGUCGUUGUCGACAACGACUCGCCUCGCCCCGGCCAGCAAGCUUUCGAGAAGAUGAUAGCAGGCCUGUAUCUUGGCGAAUUAUUCCGUCUUGUGCUCGUAGAUCUGCACGACAACAAGAGCUGCAAAGUCUUUCAAGGGCAGAACAUCAGCAAGCUGCGGAAAGCAUACACGCUUGAUUCUUCCUUCCUCUCCAUGAUCGAAGAAGACCCUUUCGAGAAUUUGUCAGAAACUGGUGAUCUGUUUCAUAGAGAAUUGGGCAUCAAAACAAACAAACCCGAACUGGAACUCUGUCGCCGCCUUGCCGAACUAAUUGGCACUCGCGCUGCCCGCCUCUCAGCCUGCGGUGUUGCAGCUAUCUGCAAAAAGAAGAAUAUGGAGACUUGUCAUGUUGGCGCCGAUGGCAGUGUGUUCAACAAAUAUCCUCACUUCAAAGCUAGAGGAGCGGUAGCACUGAGAGAGAUAUUAGACUGGAAGGUGGGUGAGAAGGAUCCCAUCAGUAUUUUGGCUGCAGAGGACGGGAGCGGUGUGGGGGCGGCGUUGAUUGCCGCCUUGACGAUCAAGCGGGUGAAGGCUGGCAACCUUGCAGGCAUUAGAAAUGUCGAGGGGAUGGUGUAG